AAAUUAUUUUUAUUAUUUGAUAUUUCUGACAUAAAGGUAAAAAAAUGAAGAUAUAUUUUGUUUAUUUUGCUUCUGCUUUUCUGGGUGCUUUAUCAAACCCACAUGCCAAAGAUUCAGACAUUGAAUUCUUUUUCUACAGCGUAAAAAAUCCAAUAAAUGGUUAUUUAACAAACAUUUCAAAUUCUGAGAACGUUGCUCAAACUAAUUUUUCGAAAGAAAAAGACACUGUUUUCUGCAUCCAUGGAUGGCUAGAUAAAGUAAGCUCUGGUAACUGUGGAUCCAUAAAAGAUAAUCUGCUUCAGAAAAAUGAUGUCAACGUCUUUCUAGUAUAUUGGGAUAAAAUUGCAAAUAAUUGGUUGUAUCCAGUGGCUUUCUCGCAAGUUGAAUCGCUUGGACACAUUGUGGCUACUUCGUUAAAAAACUUUAUGAAUACUAGCGGAUUAGAUUUGGGGAAGACUAUUAUGGUCGGUCAUUCUUUGGGGGCACAUAUAUCUGGGGUAGCUGGGGCUGCAUUGGAUGGCCAAAUAGACCAAAUUGUAGCUCUUGAUCCCGCUGGUCCACUAUUCACAACACACAACACCCACAACAGACUUACCACAUCAAGUGCUAAAUUCGUUGAAGCCAUUCACACAUGCGGAGGUCGUUUGGGAUACUUUAAGCAAAUAGGACAUGCUGAUUAUUAUCCCAAUGGAGGAAAAUCACAACCUAUGUGUGGAUUUAUCGACUUACUAGACGGACAAUGUUCCCAUUUAAAAUCUAUAGAAUUUUAUGCUGAAUCGUUGCUAACUGGAAAUUUUAAAGCAAAGAAAUGUGAUAGUUAUAAAGAUUUCAAGAAAGGCAAAUGUGAUAAUGGAGAGGUUUCAUAUUUGGGAGAGUAUAAUGUCGAUAAAAGGGCUAAUGGAACCUAUUUCUUGCAAACCAAUGAUCAUCCUCCGUAUGCUAAAAAUUGAUAGCUUAAAUAAUAACUGAAAUUAAAUUAUUAAAAUUGUAUUUUAUUUUGUUUUGACCUAAUUUUAUAAAAAUCGAAGUAAUUGAUAAACUAGAGAUCAUUAUAUCUUCACCCGAAACGAAAUAGAAACUACACAUGCUACGACCUAUGUGAAGAUACAAACGGCACGCAAUGAAAAUGUGAAAAAAAUUAUCUUGUGGCCGAAUACUGCAGAAAUACCAUCAAAAAUAUUUUUUUGUUACUUUUAGUAAUAUGCUAGUACUUUUUUUUGGAAUAGAAAAGAUUUAUGUGUUUUAAUUAUGCGUAUUUUGUUUGGUUCAACUGGACAAUUUUGUUAUGACUGUAUUAUGUUAGGAUAAUCAUUUAUUUUAUAUUAAAACUUAAAAAUGUAUAAAGAAUAAGUUCAACGGACAAUCCCUCAGAAGGUAGGUGACGGUAUAGGCG